AUGCAUGUUUCACCGGCAGACCGUGGCGGUGCUUAUACGAGCCCGGGCUCGUGCUUGUCCUCGUCCGACGAGAAAUGUGACUCCCGGCUCGUAGGCUCCUCGGUUCGUGGCAGGGAAGCAGAUCCAAGUCCAGGCUCUUCCAUCUCACCUCGCUCGUGCUCACGCAUUCGGCACGGUCCUGGGUACGGUGAGCUGGCGGAGAGGAGCCAGCCUGUCUGGGUCGGCCGUGACGAAUCGGCAACAGCACGAAUAGCACACAAGUCCUGCCGCCAGCACGAACGAAUCGAGCCCGUGCUGCUUUGGGAAGUUGCAUCGACGAAAUCCCGGACCCGAUGCGCCAUUGACGCAUCAUCGCAUGGUGGUUGGGAGCCUCAUCGAUACACCGAGAUCGAGCAAAGUGCGACCUGCUCGUCGGAUCCGAAACGCUUUUGCAUUCGACGGCAAGGUGACCUCUUCCCCCCCUCCCCUGGCCGACAUGAGCACGAAGCGCCGAGUCGCGAGCACACGGUCAACGCAACCGAGCAUACCAUCUGCAACCGCCGUGGAGGCCGUCACGAACUUCCUCACCGCCGACGACCAACAAUGGUAGAGAAGGCUGCGGCGGCAUCGAGAAAUCGCGGCGACAUCAAAAUUCGUGACGGCACCGGACACGAGUACCUCGAUCGGUGGGAACAGCCGUCUGCCGAGGCUAUCGGUGAGUCAAUCGCCCGCCGCCCGCUUCUCGUGCGUUUCCUCGAUCUCGAAUCGGCAAGGUCCAGGCGGGGUCGGGCGGGGACUGUGGCCAACCGCCAGCUGCCUUGA